GUAACCAACAUGCACAAUCAAACAAAACAAAUGCCCAUAUUAGCCACAUCCAAAAAUGUGUGUCUCUCUGAUGGGAGGUGGGGAGCCAACUUCAUCCCCACUUGGAGUGAACCACAGAGGUGAAGCUUGUACAACGUUGUUGUCACUGUCUAAAUGGUUCUCUGGUUCUGCUCACUUCACCUGCAUCAGUUCAUACAAGUCUUCCUAAGUAUCUCUGGAGACUGUCCCUUUCCUCCCUUCUUACAGCAGAGUAAUCUUGCAUUAUGGUCCAUAUUCUAUAACUUGUUCAGCCAUUCUCCAAUUGAUGAGCACCCCCUUCGUCUUUGGUUCAGAGGAUCUUAACUUUUACAAAGUCUGUUUCUGGCAGAAGCUUCCUGAGAGAGAUAUGGUAAGCAUAGCGUAGUUUUCAUUUUGUUUUCUUCUAGAGAAAGCCUGAGACCAAGAGAAAGAGGGGGUAGAAGGUGUGUGUGUGUGUGUGUGUGUGUGUGUGUGUGUGAGAGAGAGAGAGAGAGAGAGAGAGAGAGAGAGAAAGAGAGAUUGAGAUCGAAAUCCAGCAGAUAUCUGUAUAAUUGAAGUCCCCUAACUCUGUGCCUGGCCUGUGAUGUGUUUUCCAAGCUCCUCAUCUGUUCUGUCCAGGUAAUCUAUAAAAAUCCCUUUCUGUUUCUGCCUCCAUGGAUCUCCACCCAAACGCUCUCCACGGCGCUCCUCCCUCUGGCACCCGGGUUUCCUCCUGUGAACCUGCUUUCUUGGUACUCGAUGCUAGCCCAGGUCUGGCUUUUAAUCCAUCCUGUCUCUUGGAAUCUCCUUUGCGUUCACAGGGAAAUCUUUCUCUGGUUAUUCUAGGGGAUUCUCUUUCGGACGUGCCAGGGAGGACACCUUUGCCUUGCUCUACAAAGACAUCCACGCCCAUGCCUGGGAGAUGGCGAAAUGAAAACUAGUGGGUUAUAAGCAGGCGGCGCCAGAAGAGCCAUCAGCCGCCUCUUGCCUGCCCCGGAGGGGCCGGGGCAGAUUUUCGGUCCCAGCGCGGGUCUGCAGCGGGGCUGCCGCGGUCACGAAGUUCUUGGCCCGGGUGUUUGUGCCUUAGCUGGCUUACAGUUUUAUUUUUAGCUUCAGGAAUUCAGCACUUGACGUUAUUUGGGUUUUUAUGGAGAAAAACUGGGAGACAAGAAGCUGGGCUCCUCAGUCCCAGGCCAGGCCCCAGACGGCUGAGCUCCCAGAGCAGCAGCCCCAGCGGGAAAAGAGAGAGGCGUCCUCCAGGGUGGAAGGCCCAGUGGCGUGGCGAGGACGUGGUGUUCUAUCAGGGGAGAAAUCCUGCCCCUGCUGCGAUCCAAGCUCAUAAUGAGAUCGAGGUCACAGUCCAUCGCGUUCGUGGCAGGAGCACAGCAUUCUUCUGGCCUGGGCAACCAGCACAGGGGAGGGUCUCGGCUCAGGACAAGGCCAUUGGCCGCCCGGGCCCACCAAUCAGAACUGAGGAAUGUGAGGCAUCUCAGCUUUAUGAGCCCGCGGCUGGGAAGGAUGUGGUCUGGGAGCCGCCCGUGGGGCUUCAGCACCCUGGAGAUUGCUGAGAAACAGCCUCCGAGGACUUUGAUCCUCCUUAGGGCACACAUCUCCUCCCAUUUCACAGAUGAGAAAGUUAAGGUUUAGAGAGGGGAAGUCACAUGCCUGAGAUCACGCAGGUAAAAAAAUAGCAGCCGGGGGUUGGCUGGAAGUCUUAGCUCAGACGGACGGGCAGACAGCCCUGGAGAAGGAUGAGGUCAGUACAGCCAGACCCGAGGCACGCAGAGGAAGCCGCGGGUUCGCGUACUGCUUCUGCCCUGUACGAGCCGCCUUCCCUUCUUCACUUGUGGGAGAUGCUGACGACAAAGGUGAGGUCAUCUGGGACCUGCAGUGUCCUCAGAUUGUCAGAGGCUUCUGGAAAGGAACCAGCAGGAACCUUCCUCCAGGCUCCCUCUCUAUCUCACAACAAGCUGAAGAGGUCAAGAAGCCCGGCUGCCCCCAUAGAUGGAACCUGGGACAAGCCCAGAGCGCAGGCCUGGAGCCCCUUGGAGGAGAAGCUCUUGGAGACUCCGCAGAGUGAAGCUUUCUGCAUUUGGUUCUGAGCUGACUGACUGACCGAAGGAAGCCAUCCAAAGGAGCAGCCCAUCUCUCCUUCUGAGUCCCCUGUUCUGGCAAAGGGAGCCAUCACUUUGGAACGGGGAAAAGCAAUCUUCAAGACAGAAGCAAUCUCCGCCAGUCAAGAAACCAGCCAAAGUGUUUCACCAUGGAUAUAGAUGAUGAAGAAAAUAUGAGUUCCAGCAGCGCCGACGUCAAGGAAAACCGCAACCUGGACAACGUCCCGCCCAAAGACGGCGGCGCUCAGAGUGCGGGGGAGGCGGCUCAGCUCACCAAUGGUGGAGGAGGUGGCGCCGGCAGGAAGCGGCCCCUGGAGGAUGGCACCAACGGCCACCCCAAGUUCCGUCUGAAGAGGAGGAAGAAAAUCCCUGGGCCCAUUUUACCCAAGAAUGCCCUGAUGCAGCUAAAUGAGAUCAAGCCUGGCUUGCAGUACAAACUCCUCUCCCAGACAGGACCCGUUCACGCCCCCGUCUUCGUCAUGGCCGUCGAGGUGAACGGACAGGCCUUUGAAGGCUCGGGCCCCACCAAGAAGAAAGCCAAGCUGCACGCUGCCGAGAAGGCCUUGCGCUCCUUUGUCCAGUUCCCCAAUGCGUCCGAGGCUCACCUAGCCAUGGGCAGGACCCUCUCUGUCAACACCGACUUUACGUCGGACCAAGCCGACUUCCCCGACACCCUUUUCAAUGGAUUUGAGACCCCCAUUCAGGCGGACGCGCCCUUUUAUUUGGGUUCCAAUGGAGAUGGCAGUUUCAGUCCCAGUGCAGACUAUAGCGUGUCAGUGUCUGCCGUCCCCAGCGCCCUGAUACAGUCACCCCUCCCCCUCCCCAUACCCUACCCGUCUGCCAGCGGCAAAAACCCCGUGAUGAUCUUGAACGAGCUACGGCCCGGCCUCAAAUACGAGUUUCUCUCCGAGAGUGGCGAGAGCCAUGCCAAGAACUUCGUCAUGUCGGUGGCCGUGGACGGCCAUAGCUUCGAGGGGUCAGGGCGGAAUAAGAAGCUGGCCAAAGCCCGCGCUGCCCAGUCUGCUCUCGCCUGCCUCUUCCACAUGCAGCUGGAUCAGACGCCGUCUCGGCAGCCCAUCCCCAAGGAGGGCCUCCAGCUGCAUCUGCCACAGGUUCUCGCCGAUUCCGUGGCCCGCCUGAUCGUGGAGAAGUUCAGUGAUUUGACAGACAACUUCACAUCCCCCCAUGCUCGGCGAAAAGUGCUUUCUGGCGUUGUCAUGACGACAGGCACGGACGUCAAAGAUGCACAGGUGAUAAGUGUCUCCACAGGAACCAAAUGUAUCAAUGGGGAGUACAUGAGUGACCGUGGCCUGGCCCUGAAUGACUGUCACGCAGAAAUCGUAUCUCGGCGAUCCCUGAUUCGGUUCCUUUACACGCAGCUUGAACUUUUCUUGAGUACGAGAGAGGACCAGCAGAGAUCCAUUUUCAUGAAAUCCCAGCGCGGAGGCUUCAAGCUGAAGGAGACCGUCCAGUUUCAUCUCUAUAUCAGCACCUCUCCGUGUGGAGACGCCAGGAUCUUCUCACCCCACGAGGCGGCACAAGAUGAUCAGGCAGAUAGACAUCCAAACAGGAAAGCAAGAGGACAGCUCCGGACCAAGAUCGAGUCUGGGGAGGGGACCAUUCCUGUGAGGUCAACAACAACCAUCCAGACCUGGGAUGGGGUGCUACAGGGUGAGCGGCUGCUCACUAUGUCCUGCAGUGACAAGAUUGCCAGGUGGAACGUGCUGGGCAUUCAGGGAUCCUUGCUGAGCCUCUUCGUGGAGCCAAUUUACUUCUCUAGCAUCAUCUUGGGGAGUUUGUACCACGGGGACCACCUCUCCAGAGCAGCGUACCAGCGGAUCUCAGACAUAGAAGAGCUUCCACCUCUGUAUACCCUCAACCGACCUUUACUUAGCGGAAUCAGCAACGCUGAAGCUCGACAGCCAGGGAAAGCCCCAAACUUCAGUGUCAACUGGACGGUCGGGGACCCCAACCUGGAGAUCAUUAACGCCACCACCGGCAAGGAUGAGAUGGGCCGCGCGUCUCGACUCUGCAAACAAGCACUUUACAGUCGCUGGCUACGCAUCCACGCCAAGCUCUCCUCCAAUAUGCGCACCAAGAUUGGCAAGCCCCACCUAUACCAUGAGUGCAAGCAAGGCGCCGUGGAGUACCAGUCUGCCAAAGAGUCGCUCUUCAGGGCUUUCCUCAAAGCGGGCCUCGGAGCCUGGGUGGAGAAGCCCAUCGAGCAGGAUCAGUUCUCUCUCAACUGCACACCCUGACCUGAGGGAUGGCACCUGGACACCCGGUCAUCGCCUGGAGCCUCUGCCACCAUGAGCCCUCCUGCGCGUGCACACACCCUCCCACAACCCCCCCUACACACCUGCACACAACCGUGUACACAUACAAGCUCCCACAACGGACAUGUGCGCAUACAUGCUCACACAACUGCACACACAUGCACCCACACGUUCAGACAACCAUACACACACACACACACGUGCGCGCGCAUGCACGCAUAUACCCUUUUUAGGAUUAACCAGCAAAUGCUUUCAUUCCCUUUUCGUGUUUUGAAAAUCUGAUUGUUAGGUUGUUUCGUUUUAUGUUUGAAAACUUGGGUGUAAUUCUCCAGCAAAUCCAUCCAUCUUAGAAAGGCUACAGUGCAGACUGGGUCUAACUUUUACAUCUCCACUUGAGUCAGACCCUGUCCUGGGUUUGCCCCAGCCUCCGGCACUCCCUUUCCCCAUAUAAGGCAAUAUAGGUAGGUGCACCUCAAUGCACACACUAGCAUUGGGGUUUUCACAGCAUUUUUAGGAUGUGUUUUGAAUUUUUCUAGAACUCAGCUAUAAAAUCCGUUUCUGCUC